CCGUGGCGCCCUGCGAGAAGGGACGUGUGCGAUAAACGUCACGCGCGCACUCGCACGGCAAACAUUCAGCAAUUCGAAUGUCGGGCAUCACUCUCCGUGCCUCUAUAAGCCCUAUAUAACCCGUGAAUGAAUAAAUAAAUAAAUAAAUGAAAACAUCACUCAACUCGGCGGACAUUGGAAUUAAAAAUAAACAGGAGAAUAACAAUCAUCACUUUGGUUUCACCUAGGAGUUAUCGUGUUUGUGUUUUGGUUCUUAUUAUUUAUUCGUUUUUGCGAUAAAUUCGCAAUUGUGUGGGGAUCAGCUCCGAUGGUGGAACGAUUAUAAAGUGUGGGAAGUUGUGAAAAAGGUGGCGUCAAUAAUGUGCGUGACAACGCCACUAAGCGCUAAAAAAAUACUCAAGGAUACCCGCGGUCAAUCGACGAGAACAAUUGCGACUAGUGCGAGACCGGCACCAGGAUUAACUCGCAACGGUGCCAUCACCACAACUGUAACACCUGCAUAUGGAGGGGAGCAUAGCAGACCCCAGCACACGUCGAUCAUGAUGGUCCGCAUGAUCGGCGAUGAAUUCCUCACCGAGGAACGGGACCGAAAAUAUUAUGCGGAUCACUACACGUGUUGCCCACCUCCGCUAUUCAUUAUCCUUAUUACGCUGGUCGAGCUCGGUUUUUUCACCUACUAUACAGUUUCCAUGGGUGAAGUUAACCCAUCUGGUCCGGUACCCAUUGACAGUGUAUUCAUUUACCGUCCUGACAAGCGUCUUGAGCUUUGGAGGUUCGCAUUCUACAUGUUCCUCCAUGCUGGAUGGCUCCACCUGCUGUUUAACCUAGGGGUACAGGUGGUCGUGGGACUUCCACUCGAAAUGGUUCAUGGGAGCUUCAGGAUUGGCGCUGUAUACAUGGCUGGUGUUUUAGCUGGAUCACUCGGUACUUCAGUCUUUGAUACAGAUGUUUACCUAGUCGGGGCGAGUGGGGGAGUUUACGCACUCCUAGCUGCCCACCUUGCUAAUGUACUACUGAACUACAACAACAUGGAGUUUGGAAUUGUUCGGCUCAUUGGCAUCUUCAUUAUCGCGAGCGCUGACGUUGGUUUUGCAAUCUACGACAGGUAUGCGGCCGAACAGAUGGGCCCACCUGUCUCCUACGUGGCACACCUGACGGGUGCACUGGCCGGUCUGACAAUUGGCCUCCUCGUGCUUAAAAAUUUUGAGCAACGCCUGCACGAGCAACUACUGUGGUGGGUUGCACUUGGUGUUUACGCAGCUUGCACAAUAUUCGCAGUUAUGUACAAUCUCAUGCAUCCGGAUUAUCCAUGACGUGAGGUUAGCUUCGCGUAUGGCGUACCUAGGCAUACGUAACGCGAAGCUACGUGCAAAGUGUCAAAUAAUUGGUCUUCUCCAGCGGUGUCCAGUGGACACGUUGCUCUAGAGAUUUAAAGCCAAAUAAUUGCAAUCUCUUGAGAGGCGAGGGAUCAUGACGAUUGGUGGCGUGAUGAUGAUGGAGCGGCUAGAGAAUUCUAAAAUAUUAGAGAACAAGUACCAAAGAGACAUCCAAGGACGAGAGCCAAGUGAUGGAGGUAAAUUGAGGGGCGGCGGGAGGAGCAACAAGAUGUAACAAAAAGUAUAUGAGAGCGGUCGAGUGUUCUCAUGGAGAAAUGGCAAUUGGUCGCUUGGUUGAGUCUGCGCGGGCUGGUCCGGCAACACUACCAAGUCUCAUUCGUUUACAAGUGACACACAAUGUACCCAGGAAGAAAAAAAAUCGAGAAGAUGGAGAAGAAGAAGAACUCCUUGAUGUGAAUGGGGGAGUCCACGGGGCGAGUGGCAAGUGAAUAAAUCUCUGGGAAUAGUAGCGAGAAUAAACUGAAAACACACGUGGCUCCACAGGCCGACAAAUUGGAAUAUGCGAGUAAAUCGAGAAAACGAAUUCAAUUUCCUUUCCAUUUCUGCUAGCAGAAAAUUCAUUGAAUUCAUCUUCAACUCGUUCUAGUUUUAUUCCCAAAACUCCCAGGACCAUUCACUCAUUUUUGUAUAUGAAAAAUAAUGGAGGCCGUUUGUAAAAGGGUGCAUUGCUGUCUGUGUGUGCAUUUUUUUUCUGUCGUUCGAAGACGAUCAGACGACCCUCGAUACUAAAAGACUGAAUUUUCUCGCGAAAUUGAUUUAAUUAAUGAUAUAUGUGCGCAACUCUUUGUUCAACAGUCAAUCUCAAUUAACGUUCUGUGUUAUAUAACCAACGGUCGGUGAAAAAACAACAAUGUUCCUCUUUUUGUUUUUCUCCUUGCUUUCAUUUUUUUUGUUUUCGCUUUUCCGCGUCAAGAGGACAGAAAUAUAUGGAUGAAAAUCGGUUGUCCCCUUUCACAAGGGGAGAAACCAAUAUUCAUAUGAUUUAUUUUUACGAAUACAACAAUGCACACAAUGUAAAUAAGAAUUGUAUAGUUAUAAUGGAAGAGAACGAUUUCUCUUCUAGUGUGCACGGGGAAAGUGAUUGAGAUGUGUGAAACGAUAUUAUUUAGAGAGAGAAAGAGUAAACCCAAAUGAAGGCGAAUCAGGGGAACGUUUGUUAUGUAUUCCUUUAUCGUUGCGUAACUUCCCGUAGGAAUCGUGGUCGCGUGGCGACGAUAUUCUUAUUCUUUUUUUCCUCGUUCUCUUUCGCCGUAUGCAAGAGUCGAGAUUAUCGACAUUUGUAACGGCAUUAUUAACGGAAAUCGACAAUGGUAAAAUAUACAUCACUAUCACAGAGGGAAUAAUAUUCCCUCUGUUAUUGUUUGAUUUGUUUUUUUUUUUACUGAUUUUUGUUGUGCACCCAUAGCUCCGGCAAACAAACAGCCAACGAUUCAAUAACAAAAACCACAUUUCCUCCACAGUUCUCAUACAGACUUUGCUUUGGCUAUGAUAUUCCUCCAACUUGUCGAUUCACCCCGCCAAAAUGUACACAGAAAGAGAGGGAGAGAGAGAGAGAGACCCAUGAACAAAAUUUAAAACAUUCAAUAUUUUUUUCGCAUUAUUGUGGUGUAUAAUUUAUGUCCCUCAGUAAGUUGUGACGUCUCGUUGGUUUAAGAUAUUUAUUUAAAACAGUCCCAACAUUUUUUUUGUCGUCAAGUAUUGAAUUUAUCUGUUGCAUAGUCGACUUACAUUAAGAAUGAACAUUCCGAAGAAAUGGAAAGAAAACUAAACCCAGUCACGAGAAGAGUUAUAAUAUAAUAUAAUAUAAUAUAAUUUACAAUUAGCCUGAAAUUCCGAAGCCCGGUGGCUAUAACUAGCACAAAGAGAGCGAAGUAAAACCACGAAAGAAUAUGGUUAGUAAGGACUAAUAAGAGUGAGAAAAAAUGACAUUCGCGAAUGCACCCCAGUGGGAAAUGGAGAAAUAUCAUGCGUAACUCGAUAUCAAGGAGGUAAGAUAGUUUGUGGUAAAAUGGCAUGGUUGCUCUCGCAGGAGAAAGCAGUGGAUGCACAUGCGAGUGAGAGGGUACGAUUCGGAGGAGAGGGAAAAAAUAAAGGGGUGGAGACAGGUUAAAGGAGAAUUGCUAAGGUGGUUAGACUGAAGUUGAGAUGUGGGAGUGAGAUUUUAGCGGCUUAACUUGCUAAGUAAAACAGAAGUGAGUAAAUGAGAGUGAUGAACGAUGCUAGUCAAUUAGUACCGACGAUGAAGGGUGAGUGAGGAAGGGAGGAGAUUUGCUCCUCAUCGCUUCUUCUUCAACGAAACUUAAGGUAUCGCCGAUGUAAUCUGCUUGGAACUUUUCGAUGAAAAUGAGGAGCUAGAGUGGUUUGUAUGAUGAAAUGCGGUAUGUGUAUAUACACACCUGAGGGUUAAGCAAAAAUGAGGUAAAAGAGGUUUUUGUAGAAACUCGGUAUGAGGAGGGUGAGAGAGAGAGAGAGAGAGAGAGAGAGAGAGAGAGAGAGAGAGAGAGAGAGAGAG